AUGGAAGCCCGGGAGGGCGAGCGGGAAGGGGGGCUGAAGGAGGGGACCCUUCUCCUGGGCAAGGCCGCCGCGGUGGAGGGCCAGCAGCAGGGCACAACGCGGGCAGGCGGUGAAGUACUGCUCUCUUUUUUUUUGGGCUACCUUUCAGAUCUUCGAAAGCAGGAGGAGCGCGGAGAGCUGCUGCAGCCACUGAGCUUCGUCUUGCUGGUUUUGUGCUCUGUCCUGCUGUACUUUAAGGUGUCUCUCAUGGAUCCGGGUUUUGUUAAGGCUGAAGAGGAGGUGAAGGCAGGCAAGAGCGAAGAACAAAGCAUGGUGACACCCCAAGUUCCAAGUAACAUUAAGAUGCGGCGUUGCGGUUACUGCAUGGUGAAGCAACCAAUGCGAGCCAAGCACUGCCAGCUGUGCCAACACUGCGUACGGCGCUACGACCAUCACUGUCCCUGGAUUGAGAACUGCGUAGGAGAGAGGAAUCACCCCCUCUUCAUAGUCUACUUGAGCGUGCAGCUUGUAGUUCUGCUGUGGGGAGGUCACGCUGCUUGGUCAGGCCUCUACUUCGAACAGUCCUGGGACUGGCUGCAGCACAACAUUCUGCUCCUCGCCUCCUUCCUCCUGAUGGUCAUAUUCACCAUUGUUGUCCUGCUGCUGCUUAUUUCACACCUCUAUCUGAUCUCAUGCAACACCACCACCUGGGAAUUCAUGUCGCAUCAUCGCAUCUCCUACCUGCAACACUCGGAGUCGGAGAAUCCCUUUGACCAAGGGGUAAUCCUCAAUCUCUGGAGGUUCUUCUGUUCCUGCCACCUCACUGCAUGGGAGAAAAUCUAUUUUCACAGGAACAACGAGCCUGUCUAGUCACAGCAGCACCUCCCUGGUAGAGUGCCAACACAGCUGCAGGUUGCUGGGUAAAGCUUUGC